CUUAUUUUGUUUUUCUCUUUUACAGCCUGAAAGGGGUGUUCUGUUUAGUUUUCUGUAUAGUAUAACGGCUUCUCUUGCCUAACUCUGCUUUCUCCUGUGAGAGAGGGAGGAAUUCAUUUCUGGAACUGUCUGAACAAUUCAGCUCUUCAAAUUUUUAAUGACUUCUAACUUUUUUCCCCUUCUUUGUUUCCUUUCAUUUAUGUGUCUGCUCCCUUUCUGCUUAUCCAUUUAAGUUAAUCAAUGUUUCACUAAGAAAUCAAGAGCAUGUGUUGAUAUUCUAAUAAGACACUUGUAGAAAUCACUCAUCUAUUUUCAUUUACUGGAAUAUUAGGAACUGAUAGAAAGUAAUGACUUCUUUUGUAUCUUUCAACAGCUCUUUAGAAAAAUGGGGGGAAAAAAAGCUUCCUUUUAGACUUAGUUGAAGUCAGAUGCAGAUGAAACUUAAGUAAUGUAGGUGCCUACCAAUCUGAAGAAAUAGCUGAGCGGGGGAAUGCUUUUCUCUGAAAUUUUGUCACUUCUAUGUUGAACUCUGUUGAGGUCUCUUCCAACCUAGAAAUUCUGUGAUUAUGUAACUCUGUAAAAUAAUGCCGGGGGCAGUAUCCUUAAAAUCCAUAAUCAAACAACUAAUCUGCAUGAGGAUUUAUCUGACACCAUUUAUUCUGUUAGCUGCAUCUCUGUGGCACAGUGGAGAAGUCUUGUUACAUAUGAUCUACAUAUAGAACCACAUUAAAGGACUGUGGGCACCCCAGUUCUACUUCACAGCGCCCCAGGGAGGCUCUCCUACACGUGCAGAGGGGCCUGCCCAGGCUCAUAGGAGACAGCUAGCGAUGCUGGUGCCAGGGCAUUGCGUGGUGAUGCAUGGGGGCUCCCAUCUGUUCCACAUGUACUGAUGCUCUUGAAGUGCAGUAUUUCUGUGUCAGCACUAGGGAGGAAGGAGGGCUGUGAUUCAGAGUCCACCUGAGAAUAUCUGACUCUGAGCUCUCUCUAUGAAGACUCAACAGCUUAGGUCCUGACAAGAGAACGGUGCCAAAGCCUGGUCUUCCCAGAGACCGGCAUUUUCUGAAGACAGAGCUUGUGAUUCCAUCAAAUGAAAUGUGUAACGCUUCUCUUCUUGCCCAGCAAAACAGCGGAGCCUAAAAGUAAAGGCUAGCACAAUUUCAGAGAUGACCUGACAUUCAUUUCAGUCUGUUGCAAGUUAUGUUAAGUCUCUGCAGCUGAAGGAUUAAAAAACACUCCCCAGCAACUGUGGGAAGUUCUUUCAAUGACCCAGCACGUUCUCUGUUUUGUUAGAAGACUGCUUUUCUGGAUAGAAGAGCAGGCCUACAGCUAACCCACUCAAGCUCGUUGUUUUCACUGUUCUUCCCUGUUCUGACAUCGCUUCCCUGUGAAGUGCAAUCGCUAGGAUGACUGUUCCAGAUGCAGACCUGCCCCAGUAUGCUGGGUCAAGAUCCCCUCAAGGCUAGACAAGGUUGUUAUGACAGCCUGCCCUUGAGAGAUUUCUAUCUGCAGAGCAAUUUUAUGGUAUUUUUGUACAUUCACUUUGUUUUGAUUUUGUUUCCAGGAGAGAAUUCCUUUUUUUUUUUUUAAAAAAAACAUCCUUAGUUAUACCUCAAGAUCAGGAAAAAAAAGCAUACAGUUUGUUGCUUGUUUGCCAUCUCGCAUGCAAACUUUUUGUUGUUUAAGUUUUAGUCAUAGUUCAACUCAAUUUGAAGGAGCACAGAAAUUCCUCUUCUAACAUGAUUCAGCUAAUUAUCCACCAGACUAUUCCUUCAGAUUUCCAAUGUUUCCUACAAAAUGGAAGUUUUUAAUGUAGUCUUUGGGAGUCAGAAGCUUCUGAGCAACAGGAUUGAUGGUUCAAGUGAGUGCAGGCACUGUGUAGGACCUAACAAGCAAUCCACACUGAAAUGUACACGCCUGCCCCAGGAUGUUAGCGCUGGGGCUGUUUGGCCGUGUGAAGGUUUCUGCAGUUGGAUGUUUCCUGCCGGCUGCCAAGCCCUGUGCACGCGGUGUUCGGCCUGUAACGGAGUCCUGUCGGUGUUACUGUACAAGUGAAAUGCUGCAAGGAAAGGGGCUCUGAGGGAAGCCCCGUGAGAUACCUGGAGAACCGGUGGUGCUGAACGGGACACCGGUAGCCUUGCUCCCCAGGGAGUUUGUCAUCAAGUAAAAAUAAUCUCCCUCACUGAACGUGGCUUGUAUUUCUGGUGAUGAGCGCUGGCAGCAGCGUGGUAACGCUGCCAUCCCACCUGCUGUCAUUCCUGCAGUAGGUUCAGGCCUGUGAAGACCUCCGGAGCACGCUGACAAAUGGAUGACAGCUCUUACAAAGGGCUUAAUGGCAGUGGUGAUAACUCUGGAGAUGAGUAUCGCAAACAGAGCUCAUCUGGCUCCAAUUCAUCAGAAGAGAUCAGGAAGGCCAUUGAAGAGUGCAUGUCAUCAGCUUCAAGUACCCUUGAUGUUAGCAGAAAAAAUAUUAAGCAUCUUACCGAGGAAAUAUAUAAACUGCCUGAUGUAAAGCACUUUCAUCUGGAGGGAAAUGCCAUAUCGAUGAUUCCUGAGGAUUUAUUUCAAAAGCUGCCACAUCUUGUUUGGCUGGAUCUCCGGUUUAACAAGAUUACAGCUCUUCCCCCUGGAAUUGGUUACCACAGGCAAUUGAAAACUCUGCUUUUAGAAAGGAAUCCUAUAAAAGAGCUGCCCACAGAGCUUGGAAGCUUAACUUCAUUGACAGCCUUGAAUCUGAGACAUUGUCCCCUUGAAUUUCCACCCAAAGAUGUCAUAGAAAAGGGAGUAAAAUCUAUCCUCUGCUUUCUUCGGGCGUCUGGGAACAACAGGCUACUCUCCAUGGAGCCAGCCACUUCAGAAAUACCACCUGUUGAAAAGCUAAACCUAAGUGAGCUGUUGCAAUCCAGUUUGGAUGUAUCGGAUGAUUGGCCUAAUGAAGAGGAAAAGCUAAAAUUUCAGAAGCUGAAAGAAGAAAUUAUAAAAGAUGAAAAAGAAGAAUUUCUUGCUGACCAAAGUUUAGGUGCAAUUCGGGAUCUCACCAAAGCACAGAAAAACCAUGGAAAAAACAGAGAGCUCUACCCAGAGCCAGCUGGUCUUUGCAGGUGACUAACUUUUCGUGUAAUGGUACAUGGCAAGGAUCUUGCAAGUGCUAGGAAACUGCAUUUCUAGUGGAAAAUGCAAAAACAUUUUAUUAUGUGGCAUUACACAGUGUCAAAUAUGUAUUUGAAUAAAUGGUAUUUAUGACAAGUAUAUAGAAUGUAUUUUUCAUAAUUGCUGUGAUUGUAAAUAUUUUCUCCAAAAUUAACACGAUCCAUUUUUUAUAUUUUCCUAUUUAAUUCCUUUUCCACAUGUAUUUUGUUAAUUGUACCCUUGAGAGCAUGUGAUAAUACAGAAUAACGAACUGUAGAAUCUUGCAGAUAUCUUAUUUUUUAUUUAUUUUUAAUAUAUGUAAUGUGAUAAGUAAGUAUAAAUGCAAGAUAAUACAUUAAACUCAUUUGUAUUUUGACAUAUUCUUUAUUUGUUAUAUUUCACAAUAUGUAAUUAACACAAGCCUUCUUUGAGAGAAUUUGUUGGUGAAUCCUUUUUGAAACAUGGAAGUACCUUUUUGCAUAAAGGACAGAGUAAAGACAGUAAAAAUAUUCCUAAUCUUUUUUUGUUCAGAAUGUUUCAGUAUUUAUGAUAGCAGUGAUUUUUUCUGUCAGUAUUCAGAUACAUUUUUAUUGUUACUUGAAAAAUAUUUCUCAAAAGUACUUUUUUGGUAAACUGGAGCAGACCAUUUUAUUAUUUUAUUUUUUUUAAGUGCUGGCCUUUUUCAUCAGGUUUCACACUUCAAUCAAGCAGAAAAAGGGAUUUUUAUAUUAACUGUGAACUUUCCUUCUGUUUUCUCUGUGUCACUGCUUGCCCUUUCAUGUUUGAAUCCAUACGUCUGUGCUGUCACUCCCAGAAAAGCAAUACGAUACUGACUGUAAUUUAAUUAAAUCCAUGUGCUUAACUAGCACUGAAGUAAUAGGGGGGAAAUUUAGAGUUAUUUAUUUCUUUAGUAAAAUUGCUAAUUUCCCUGUGUGUAUGUCCAUUAUUGGGCCUACAGCUUUUCUUACAUGAAAAGAACCUGAAGGUGGCAGUGUGUCUUUACUAUAUGCCUCAACGUAAACUUCUCUGAAAUAUUGCGUUUCCCUAAUUCUCAUUGUUUUCUACACUUUAUGUAGACAUAAUUAUACAUUACACGGUUUUUGACACCAAUAUUCUCAUUGGGUGCUUUUUUGUUUCUGAAAGCAGAAUAAGGACAGUAUGGAAAAAAAAAAUCUUGUACAAUUCAUACUUUGUGCCUGCCUUCUUAUCCUCAUAGUAAAUCAUUGUGCUUAGAGUAUUUUCUAUGAAGUAAUUCAUUUGGUAAAUUACUUAAACAUGUUUGAAUUUAGAUAUUUUUUGUGCUUAUACUGAAAUAAAAUCAACUGCGCAUAUGCUUAAUUAGGCGGCUCAUUGAAGUAGGAUGCUUUGGGAAUUUGUUGCACUUGAAGUUCUACCUGUUGUGAUUCCUGGAUUGUCUUAUGCUUUGACAAAGGAUCGCUAGCAAAUUAAAAAGACUGCUUUUGGAGUGUAUUUAUAGCUCCAUUACUAAAUAUGCAAUAUCUAAUUAACAAUAUCAAACUUCACAUUUUAAAAGGAGGAUGUCCAGACAAAGGAAUAAAUUCGCUGAGCUUCUGUCCUGUGAUAGGAUGAUUCAGGCAAGGCGAGGGGAAAAGAGCAGAUCAGCAGCAGCACAGGAGCUAAAAGAAGAGCAAGCUUUAUUUAAGCAAAGGAAAAAGCAAGUAUUAUGUCACUAUUUUUUCAGUCAUUACUUAGUUUCUUAACAGAUUGCCUAGUUCACCAUUUAUAAGGAAAGAAGUAAUUUCAAAAUUUUGACUUGCAAGUGGAAACUUGAGCGAGCUUUCAUUUACAAAAUACAGUGCUCAGAGGCAACAAGAAAGGUGUCUAUCAAAUUUCUUGCAGGCUUGCCCAUGGAACUCCAUGAUUUCCCAUUGGAUUGAGUAGAAAAUCCUUUUACAGUUAAUUCAUACUUUUUGUUACAUUCCAUAUAAACAUAAACUAAGGAUAAUGUAUAUUAUUGAUAUUGUUUGUUAAAAAAAUAAUUUAUUGGGUAUUAU